UUGACGCGCCAUCUCCACAGAGCGCGAGGCUCCUUCUGGUAACUUUGCCUCUGCGCACUAGUGCGCGUCCAGUCCGACAUGUGGCCGCGCGCACGACUCGGCUAUGAGUAACACCACCGCCCUGGCGCUGGUUGGAAGUGCCAGCCGGGUGGAGCUGCCGGCGCACCGAGCCUUGACCGGCUGCGUCCUGGCCCUGCUCAUCAUUUGGACACUUUUGGGGAACUUCACGGUGUGCGCCGCCGUCUAUCGCUACCGCCACCUGCGCGCCAAAGUGACCAACAUUUUCAUCGUGUCUUUGGCUCUGUCGGAUCUCCUCGUCGCCGUGCUGGUGAUGCCGUGGAAAGCCGUGGCGGAGGUGGCCGGAUUCUGGCCGUUUGGGGGCUUCUGCAAGACCUGGCUGGCCUGCGACAUCAUGUGCUCCACUGCCUCCAUCCUCAACCUGUGCGUCAUCAGCGUGGACAGAUACUGGGCCAUCUCCAACCCGUUCCGCUACGAGAGGAGCAUGAACAAGAAGGUGGCGUUCGUCAUGAUCGGGAUGACCUGGACUGUUUCCGUGGUGAUCUCUUUUGUCCCCGUGCAGCUGGACUGGCACCGGGCGGAGAUCGGUGACCUGAGCGCUCAGGGUUUGAUGCCGCUGGGUAAAAGCGCAGAUGGGAGCUGCGACUCCAGCCUGAGCCGCACUUACGCCAUCUCCUCCUCCCUCAUCAGCUUCUACAUCCCUGUGGUUAUAAUGAUCGUCACAUACACGCGCAUCUACCGGAUUGCCCAGACUCAGAUCAGAGUCAUCUCCUCCUUGGAGCGAGCUGCGGAGCACGCGCAGAGCUGCAGAUCCCACGUCCCUGAGUUAUUCCCCCACAUGUGCACAGAACUUGGAGCGAAUGGAAACUCCUAUCAGUCCCGCAUCAGUCUUCAUCCAGACUCUCCCUGCCCCAGUCAGUCCCACAGCGAGCUCAAAGUCUCCAUCAGGAAGGAGACGAAGGUGUUGAAAACUCUCAGCAUCAUCAUGGGGGUCUUUGUUUGCUGCUGGCUGCCGUUCUUCAUCCUUAAUUGCGCUCAGCCCUUCUGCCCGGGGCCCCGCGCUCCAGGAGCCCACCGGGGGCCUUACUGCGUCAGCGAGAAAACGUUCGACGUGUUUGUGUGGAUCGGAUGGAGCAACUCUUCCCUCAAUCCGGUCAUUUACGCGUUCAACGCGGACUUCAGGGACGCCUUCCUACGCCUGCUGCGCUGCCGCGGACGCGGCUUUUUGGCCGCAGUGAGCGCAGCCGUGGAGACCAUGAUGGCGAGCAACGACGCAGGAGGGCACCACAGGCGGGAGAGCUCUCUGGUGACCAAGCUGAGCGUCUCCACGAACGCCAGAGGAAGCCAGGACAGCGGGAACACCACCGUGGCUGUGUUUUACCACAGAGGGGCUUUAUCCGAGCAAAUUAUAGACACCGAGGAGAGGUUCGAAGACGACAAACGGACAAAGAUCCCCAAAUAAAAGAGAUUCAUACUUAAAUCUGUGCGCAAUUAUGGAUACACUGGAUCCUUUUGGAUCAUAUUUGACAAAUACUUUUCAGGGGAUUUCAACCUCAAACUUUGACAAACUGAAGCUUUUCACAGCCAAAUAUCCAGAUGUUCACCACAUGCUGCUAAUUCCAAUCCCCACAGAUCAUCCUUUGUAAAAGUUUUUUCCUCAUGAAAAGAAAAUUCCAAAAAGCACUUGAUCACCCUAAAACUCACAUUUAAGAAGGAUGCACUAAUUAUUUAAAAAUUGAUCCAAACAUGCAAGACAUGACAAGCCAAGGUUUUGACAUGAUGGA